AUGGACACAGGACAGGUGAGCAAGGCCAGUGCAGGAGGGACCUGCCCUGAGGGCGACAAGCAGUGUCUACCGCGAGAGAAGGCGGCUGUGAGGAUCCAGGCAUGGUGGCGCGGCGGCCGGGUGCGCCAGGUGCUGCUGCAGGCGGCGCUCCGGGCCUGGGCCAUCCAGUGCUGGUGGAGGUCGGCGCAGGCCAAGACGCUGGAGCAGAGGCGGCGCCUGGCGCUGCGGCUCUACACCUGCCAGGAGUGGGCGGUGGUGAAGGUCCAGGCCCAGGUCCGCAUGUGGCAGGCCCGCCGGCGCUUCCUCCAGGCCCGCCAGGCGGCCUGCACCAUCCAGUCCCACUGGCGCUGGCACGCCAGCCAGACCCGGGGCCUGCUCCAGGGCUGCUAUGAGGUCAAAGCCAGCCACCUGGAGCUGGACAUCGAAAUCCUCAUGGCCUAG